UAUAUACAUUUGAUCGUGACAAGGACAACUGGUGUCAAUAUGACCAUGAUAAUUGGAUGCCUACUUUUCCUUCUUGAUAUAGCAUUAGGAUGUCGCCCCGGAUGGACUACUUUCAACACGUCUUGCUAUCAUUUAUCAUUAGAUAAAAAAUCGUGGAUUGAUGGCAUGAAAAUGUGCGAGAUACACGGUGCAUACCUGGUUCACGUAAACAGUGCCAGUGAGGAUAAUUUUACAACCAAUCUAUUGAUAACUCAUAAAGCGGACAACGCAUGGUUGGGCGGUUCUGAUUGGACCGAAGAGGGAAGUAAUGAAGAUGGAAAUCCAGUAGUUGGCUAAACAUGUGUUUGUAAAUUGUAAAUAAAUCAGUCAGACGAUAGGAAUUCAA